UAGUUCAAGGAGAGCGGAGGGGAGACCUUUCCCUCCCCAUAACCUGCAAGAGAAUGCGCCGAAUGUUGCUGCGCACGUUAACGCUAUCCGGCGCCAAUGCGGACCGCGCCGAACAAACGCCUUGCUUCCGCUAGCCGAGAAAUGAGGUGCAGUACGCCCAUUCCCGAUGCCUGCUAUCCUGCGCUGUUCGCACCUUUCUCCCAAGGUACGAUACGCUCCUCUUCUUCUCUUUCUCCCCAAAUCCUCCAACUACCAAACCCUAGAUUCCCAAACCAGGCCCCACUCUUCUUCCUCUUCCGCCACCGAAUUCGACGUCCUCGAUCAGUUCCUCCCCUCUAUCGAUCACCGUCCGUCGCCCAUCAACCCCAUCGAACGGCGCGGAAUCAUCCUUGGCCUGUCGAAAAUCAUCAAAAGAGGGCAAUGCGUUGCGCUAAAAUCCUUCCUUUUGGAACCCUCCCCAUCGUUCCUUGCAAGAAUCAUGAAGUCAUUCGAUGAUCACUGGUCAUCCUUUGCUUUCUUCAAACUCUCAUUCCGGGACGGUUCAGAGAGCUCCGUCCGAUCAGCCUGUAUCACGGCCCACCUCCUUGCAGUGAAUGAUCUGAGGUUCCUGGCACAAGACGUCCUUUCCUGUGUGGUUACAAGAAUUGGGCCCCACCGCUGCCGUGAGAUACUGGAUUUAAUGUGGACACACGAAUAUGGGUCGGAUUUUUCAGUUCUUGAUAUGGUCUUCCGUGCUUUCCUAAGUGCAAAUGAACUUUCUGCUGCGAUUGAGGUUUUGGGUUGGAUUCGGGAGCUAAGAUUCAAGCCGAGCGGGUCGGCCAUGAGCAUUUUGAUAAAAUUGUUGUACAGAAGGGGAGAAUUUGGCACCGUGUGGAAACUUUUUAGAGAUAUGCUCGGUAGAGGACCCCGCCCCAUUACUCGUACUUUCAAUACCAUGGUUAUGGGAUUCUGCCAAAGAGGGGAUCUUCGAAGAGGGAAGAGUCUCCUUCACAUAAUGCAGAAAUUCAACUGUGAACCUGAUUGUUACACAUAUAACAUUGUCAUGCACGCGCACUGUGUUUAUGGGCAAUCUUCGGAUGCUUUCGGGUUGCUAAAUUUGAUGAUUGAAAUGGGUUGCAGCCCGAAUUCUGUUACAUUCAAUAUCCUCCUUAAAGUUCUCUGUAGAGAAGGAAAUAUGUCGAGAGCGAGGAUAUUCUUCAAGGAGAUGUGUGAGGAGGGUAUCGUGCCAAAUGCCUUUUCAUAUAACAUUCUCAUAGAUGGGUAUGUAAAAGCAGGGGAAGUUGACCAUGCGAACUCGGUUUAUCUAGAAAUGAAGGAGAAAGGUUUUGAGCCCAACUGCUUUACAUAUAACAUUCUUGUCGCUGGGCAUUGCAAGUUUGGGAAGGGAGAUGAUGGGGAUCAGUUGUUGACAGAUGUACUGACGACGGGUCUCCUUCCGGAUCGCCCUGCAUUAGAUUUACUGAUCACAAGGUUUUGUUGGAUGGGACAGUUGGACAAUGCCGUUGGGCUUUUCUCUGAUAUGCUUGAGAACGGAAUACCCCCGAGUGUUUUCACAUUUAACUCAAUCAUUGCUGGUUUUAGCAAAGCAGGGUUGGAAGAUGAUGCCUUUGAUGCUUAUCAGCUUAUGCUGAAGUUUGGCAUGACACCUUCGGCUUCCACAUGUAAUUCAUUGCUUAUGGGUUUGUGCAAGAAAGGUAGAUUGCGAGAGGCUGGCGAACUGAUGGAUAAGAUGAUAGAGAAGGGUUUUUGCAUCAAUGUCGCAGCUUUCACAAUUCUUAUAGAUGGGUAUUUCAGAAUAGGUGAUAAGCUGGGUGCUCUAUGUUUGUGGCACGACAUGGAACAGAAAGGGGUCUCUCCUGAUGUUGUUGCUUUCUCGGCUUUGAUAAAUGGUCUGUGCAAAGCAAAUUAUAUGGAUGAGGCACAAGAGGCUUUUGCCAAGAUGUUGAGGAGAGAACUGGUGCCGAACAACUUCACAUACAACUCAUUGAUUGGUGGUUUUUGUAAGGGUGGUAACAUGACCCAAGCACUCAAGUUGGAGAGUGAAAUGAGGCAAAAAGGGCUUCUUCCAGAUAUUUUCACUACCAAUAUUAUCAUUCAUGGGCUCUGUAAACAAGGAAGAAUAAUGAUGGCUUCUAAUGUGUAUAUGCACAUGUACAGCAGUGGCUUGACCCCAGAUAUUGUGACAUACAAUACUUUAAUCAGUGCACACUGUAAGGUCUUUGACAUGGUUAAUGCUGUGGAUUUUGUAAACAAGAUGUCUGCCGAUGGGUGUGACCCAGAUAUUACAACCUACAACAUAUGGAUUCAUGCUCUCUGUAGUAGCCGCGUGAUGAAUCGAGCUGCCAAAAUGCUGGACGAGCUCAUUUCGAUGGGUAUUGUCCCGAACACAGUAACGUACAACACCAUGGUAAAUGGUAUUUGCAAUGAUGUACUCGAUCGUGCUAUGAUUCUGACGGGAAGAUUUCUUAAAAUGGCCUUUGUUCCCAAUGUCGUUACAGUUAAUCUGUUGCUCUCUCACUUCUGCAAGCAAGGGAUGGCUCAGAGGACCUUAAUGUGGGCAGAAAAAUUGGAUCGUGUGUCCUUUGCUUUUGAUGAUGUUACACGUAAUAUCCUUGAAAGGGCCUAUCGCGACAUGCAAGAAGAUGCUGAAAAUUCAGAAGGGGAAUCAGAGAAAAGCCAAUUUUUCGAAUUUCUUAUGCACAUUACGGUUGAUUACCUGUGCAGAUACAGACCACCAAAAUAUAGAUCACCAGUGCUUGCUAAAAUAGUCGAUCUCUGUUUGUGAUGAGGUGCAAACAGGAUAGUUCUAUGCUAUAGUUCUGAAGGAAGAUGCAUUUGGUGGUGCAGCUCAUAAAGUCGGAGCCCUUGGAAAACCCUUUUUCUCUGACCACACUGAUUAAAGGAGAUCUGGGUUUUUUCCCAUGUUCUUGGAUGAUUGAAUGAAAGUAAGCUACAUUCAACUCCCACUGCAGGGGAUUGCAAGUGGAACCAAAGACCAAAAGAAGAAGAAGAAGAAGAAGAAGAAGAAGAUAGCAUUGCUGAACUGCAACUGUUCUAAAUGGUGGUCAGAUGAUGUGUUAAUGAAUAUGUCUGGUUCAUUCUGCUAGAGAUACCCGGUUCAUGAGAUGAAUUUUAAGUAUAACCUGAUCAUGCUUGUAAUAAAUGUUGUAGGAUAUGUUCAAUAGUUUCCCUUGUCUCCAAAACUGUUAAUGUAUCUGCAUGUUGCACCAGAAAUGUUCCUCAGUUUUGCAUUGAUGUUAAAAAUAAUGGUUGUUAUUUUCUCUACAAGAUGUUAUAUCGCAGAAAACAGCCGAUUUUAUGGUGGACACUCUAGUACCAUAAGAUUGCCGUACUGCACCUCCUUACCUGCUGACACAUCACAUGCUUGAGACAUGCAGACCAUUAUAAAGACCACAUCUUGAAAAUCAGGUCGAUGCAAUUGUCAGGUGGGCCCAACCAUCUAAAUUAAUGGACAGUUGAUGAUCUGACCCAACACAGUUUUCACCCAUCCAGUGAGUGGGUCAACCUGAUUUUCAUACCGAGUGAUCUUCAUAAUGGAAUUGACCUUUUCCGCGGCUCAAGUGUCUUGCACAUGUGAUCUGUUGGCCAGGAAAAUUGUGCAAUCCGGUGAGGUUAUGGUUCUGAGUGCAGUACCUUAUCAUUUCUCUUUGAAAUAUAUUCAUGUUACAAUAUUUUUUGGUGUAAGAAAAUAAAAAAUGCCAGCCAUUAUUUUAAAAAGAAUGCUGUUUUUUCAUUGAAAAUUACAUAAUAAACUUGAAACUAUUAAAAGAAUGCCAUGGGCCCCACCUUUUUCCUUUUGUCCAUUACCAUUUUCCCAGCCAUGAUAUUCCAUCAUUACCAUCAUAUCUUUGACCAAGCUAUUUGAGGUUGGCUUUAUGAAUCAUGUUUUACCAACAAUUACCAGGGCCUAUCUUUGGUGAGUAAACUGAUCUUAUCACAAGUACUCUUUUAUUCAUUAUAUUUCAAUUUUGAUGCUCUUAGAACCUGUUUGGUUGCAUCUUUCAAAAAAACAUAUAAAUAUAUAGAUAAAUAAAUAAGAACCUGUUUGGUUGUCACCAAAAAGUGAUUUCAUCUCAUUUUUGUUAACAGUAAUUAUUUAUUAUUAGAGAUCAUAGUUGAUAUAAACUAUGGGUUAUCAAGAUUAUUUUUAAUCCUUACCAAAAUGUCUAAUACGUAAUUACUGUGAACUACAAUGAGAUGAUGAACUCUUUUUUAAGUCAGAGGCAAACAUUGCCUUGGUCUGUUCCCACUAAUUCCAAAACAGGUAGGAAUCAUAUAAGAGUUUACAUGGGAAAUGACAACAUUCUUGAUUCAUUACAGGUUCCAACAAUGCAGGCUUUCUUCAAGAACCAGAUAUAAGAGGUGUUGGCAUCGGAACAUCUCACUUCAGCUUGUUUUCAUCAAGGGCAUGACCUUUCUCAUCGAUGGUAUGGAGAUUUCUCUCCAAAUGAAACCAAUAUGGAUUCCAAGAGUUUUACAAUGGUAAACAGUAUGUUCAGGCAUGUUCAAGAAGCAAUCUGAAACCUUUAGAGAUGCAAUGAGCAUCUUAUAGUAGAAGCGUUUCACUCCCCACAGAUAUCAUCAUUUAAAUCAUGAGGAUUAGCGGUAGUCUGCUGAUUUUUGGGCAUUUUAAACCAAUAUGGAUUUCAAGCCAUCCAGCGAGCAGUGUACAAAGGUUACUAGAUUGUGCAAUUUUGAGACUUCUAAGAUAUUUAUCAGCAAAAAUUUUAUUACUUUCAAAGGGCCAGAAACCCAAUAUUCACAGGAGCAAAGCAGAAUUAAGGGCUCACACUCUUGGCCAUGGAGACAAAAGGAAAAGCCCACACCCAGGGAAGGGAAGAAAAUGAGGAAAGCCCACACCCCUGACAAGGGGAGUGAAAAAGAAAAGCCCACACCUUGGCCAAGGAGCAAAAUAAAAGAAAACACAGAGACCCACACAGCAAACAAGAGAAGAAGAUCACCUGCAGGGCUAAAGAGCAAGAAACUAGCUGAUUAGCAAAUAAAAAAAUGUAGUUAGCUCAGCAGAGGAGAUGAUGCGGGGAAACUGACGAUAAGGGGCACUUAUCAUCCCAGCAAUGAGGGCACGAUAUCUCUUACAGAUGAUGCAAGCAUGACCAUCAAAGUGGUUCAAAAGACGGCUCUCUGACCAUGCAUAGAACUGCAUAGGCCAGGAAGACUUCUCCGGGAAAGACUUCUAAGAUCUUUAUCGAACAAAAGAAGAGUUCAAUAAUGCUUUCAUCUCAGCAGUGUCACCAAAAUUCACACUUCUUACUGUGGAUUGAGCGACAUAGACCAACUCUUUUGGUCCCAAGUCAAGUUGCAAGCCUAGUUAGUAAAACUCCAUUUUAGACUGUAUUUUUGGAGGCAAUCUAAAAAAUAGAAAUUGGUGGUCACCACGCAUUGUUAAGAUUGAGGUGAAGGAGAAUUUUUUUAAUAGAGACAGAUUAAUUUAUGUGAGGAUUACUUGAA